AUGUCUCAAUCAACAGAAAACAGCAAUAUACACGACAAUACAAGUAACCCAUACCUGGUGCUCACACAAAAAAUGUCAAACUUGAAAGAACCAAUAAAUGAGUUGCUACGUAAUCAUGAAGAGCUAUUGGUGCAGCAUCUUGGUAUAGCCAACAAAUUAUCAAGUAUUCCCAAAUUAACAGAUAAAAUCGAAUCUUCUAUCAGAGAAUAG